AUGGUGCACAGUUAUCUGACCAACACUCAUACGAGCCAAGAGCUAUCUGCAAUCGACAACAAAAUACAUGAACUAGUUGAGCAAAUCAAUCAAAUGAAGGUGCAUCGAGAAUUCUAUUUGGAGUUCAGUCGCGAUCCUCAAGCCUUUAUAUCACGUUGGUUAGCUAGUCAGUGUCGUGACUUCUGGGUAAUGACCGAUGCCACACCAGGACAUCCUGAAGAAGAGCGCCAUGCAGAAUUCUAUAAUGCUCACUGGACACAAGAAGCUGUGAUGCGUUACUUUUAUAAUCGAAUUUCGCAGAGGCGACAGGAUUUGGAACAUGCGCUGGGUCUUAAUAAUAAUUAG